UGAAAGCUCAUUGUCAAAUCACACACCUGUACAGUCAAUGCACAAAACUCUCAGGCCACUAUCAACACUGUCAUCCCACGCCUCCACCACCUCCCGACUUGCGUCCCUCCAACACCACAUCUCCCCACUCUCUUCCUCCGCUGCGCCCAAGAUGCCUCUCAUACCUUCCACGAUGUCGAGCAACAAACCUCGAGUGAUUCUAGGUCUGAUGACCUUUGGCCCUCCGGGCACCGAGUCUAAAGGCGGCCGAAUCACCAAACUAGACGACUACAACAAGUGCCUCGACUACCUCCAGCAACAAGGGUACAACGAGGUCGACACGGCGCGGGCCUACAUCGGCGGCCAGCAAGAGGGCUUCACGGCACAGGCGAAAUGGCAGGACCGUGGCCUCACCCUCGCCACGAAAUGCUACCCCGUCAAUCCUGGAGACCACUCGCCGGAGAAGCUGCGCGCCAGUCUGGAGAAGAGUCUGCAAGAGUUGGGUACCAAAUGCGUGGAUAUCUUCUACCUGCACGCGCCGGACCGGAGUGUGCCGUUUGAAAAGACGAUGGAGGCGUGCAACGAGCUAUUCAAGGAAGGCAAGUUUGUCAAGUUGGGAUUGAGUAACUUUGCCGCUUGGGAGGUCAGUGAGUGUUGGAACAUUGCGAAUGAGAGGGGCUGGGUCAAGCCCAGCAUUUACCAAGCCAUGUACAAUGCCAUCACAAGGGAUAUUGAAAAGGAGUUGAUACCUUGUUGUCGAAAGUGAGUUGGCCGGGAGGGCCCUCUUCAGAGUAUAUGGCUGACUAUGCAACAAGGUAUGGAAUCGACCUGGUUGUUUAUAAUCCGCUAGCUGGAGGUGUCUUCAGCGGCAAGUACAAGUCGAAAGAAGAAGUCCCGACUGAGGGGCGAUUCGCCAAUGUUUCAAACGCUGGCAAGAUGUACCGACAACGUUACUUCCACGACACGACGUUCGAUGCGCUCUCGCAUAUCGAGCCCGUCGUCAAAAAGGCAGGUCUCACCCUUCUUGAAACAGCCCUAAGAUGGUGCGUGCACCACUCGAAACUGCAGCUCGGAGACAAGGGCAACGACGGCAUCAUUAUUGGCGUCAGCAGCCAAAGUCAACUCGAGACCAAUCUGGCCGACCUAGAAAAAGGCCCACUGCCAGAGGAAGUGGUCAAGGCUAUAGACGAGGCUUGGGAAAUGUUUGCUUACAAGGGACCUUCGUAUUGGCGAUGAAUUAUAGGUUAGUAUGAAAAGAACGGAAAAGCGCCAAUGGAUUUGUCAACACAAUAUUUGCUCUAGCUGUCAUUCAUGUACAGAAAAUAAAAC